UCUUGAGCAGGUCGCCUUUGACGAUGAGCUCGUCGUGCACGCCGUCUUCCUCCUCGCCCUCACUCGACCGCGUAAACUCGGAAUGUCCGCCCCCAAGGAAGCGCCUGCGCACCGUAACCCCUGGCCGCUUCCUCCCGCCCGACGAGAUCGAGCGCGAGAAGGCGGCAUCCCUGGCGCGUCUCUUUGAAAGCUGGGCGAACCUCGAGGAGCGAUAUACCCGCGACUUGGAAGACGAUGACAUCGUGGAUCUGGCCGACUUGACUGUCAUCAAGGAUCGUGGCGUCCUCGCGUCCUCCCCCGUGAAGCAAUUCGGCAUGCGGCAGGCACUUUUGGAUGAUGGAGAUGAUGAGGGGAGCGAGAACCAGGACGAGCAGCCCGGCGAACAGGAGGAGGAAGCAGAAGAGGUCCAAGAGCCCGAGGAGUCUGAUGAUGAGCUCGACGCUUUCGCCCCCAAGCCCGCGAAGGACCUGCCCCCGCGGCGCCAGCCCUUGACAGAGGAAGAAAUCGAGGAGUUCAUGCGUGCGGAGCGGGAGCGUCGACGCUCGGAAGACGACGCCACGGACUUCAGCAGUGAGGCGCCCUACACGUCGGACGCCUUCUCGGACGCGUCGAGGCCGCCGGACACGGACGACGACGACAGCGCGCCACUCUCGUCAGAUCCCAAGGUGAUAGAGAUUUUCGACUCCGACGACGAGCUGGACGAUUGGGGCUUGGAAUCCGAAGCAAACAUCGUGUACCUGGUGCCCAAAGGGGACGAAAGCGAGGGCGAGCUGAACGCGCCAUCCUCGCCAUCGCCCGCCGGCGCGCAGUCAAAUGCUCUGCGGGGCCGCCCACAACAACCUAUACCGGUGCAACUCUACACUCCCCCACGAUCGAAGACUGCUUCGUCCGUGCCACCCUUCGACACGCCAGGCACAGACGAGCGGCCGUUCAUCCAGGACAGCCCAGCGUACGCGCCCCCAUCUUCCCCAUUACCGCCCUCGUCGCCUCCCUUGUCGUCCUCUCCAGUCGCUCCUUCACCCAUCAAGUCGCGUCCCAAACUCACCAGGCCGCAGUCAAGUCCAAUCAGGCGUGCCCAAUUUUCGCCGGCCCCGACAGCGCGCGCCGAGAACACAACAGACAACGAUCGCACCCCGGCCGCAUCCAAAUUGAACACAAUGAAUACCCCCCAAUCCACGCCUAUACCCCGUCUUGAUUUAUCCAAGAUGCUAUCCUCAAAGCGCAGGAGCAAGAAAUCACUAUCGAUAUUUAACUCGCCUGCUACGACGCCCUCCAGGCAAGCUUCGGCCACGGAAGAUUCUUCACCUGGACGCUCGCCGGAAUGCUCACCUACCCGCGGGAGCAUGCUUCCACCGCCCCGACCAUCUCCGCCUCCAGUCAUGUCUGCAAAGGCGAAGGGGAAGCAGCGCGCGGUGGAUUUAUUCACGCCGACGCCACCUUUGUCGCAGGAUGACUCUUCCUCUGUUCAUGAUUCGUCUUCGCCGGUUCGUGUGCCCCAAGAGGUUACACGGCCGUCUGUAACGCGCAUGCCUACAACGUCUAUAACGCGCCUAUCGACAACAUCUACACAGGUAUCGACACCUGCUCAGCCAACAGUACCGAGAGCGAAGAAACGCAAGCGACAGUCAUCUGCAGGAUCCGCAAUGAGCGUGGACGAGCAGUCUAACGCAUCGCAGCCUUCUGGAGGCUCGACUUCCACUGACGGGGCGAAGGCAACGUCUGGCUCAAGUCUGAACAAGCCUUCGGAUAAGGGGAAGCCAGGCAAGGCGCUGCCAGCUCGAGGGCCAACGUGCUAUGUGGAGAUCAGUGUCCCGCCGCCUCGACAGGGCGGACAGACCCCUUCCCAUAAGGCACUCAAGACUCAGCCAUCCAAGCAAACCCCAGCCACGAACGCUAACACGCAAGCGCAUGGUACGCACGCGCCGGCCGUUCAUUCGCGAAGUCGCUCAUGCCACCGACAGAGGGCGCGCAAUCGUCGCAAGCUGUGCGGACACCUUCACCCACCAAGGCCCCGUCCAAGAUCCCGCGACCGCGCGCGAAGUCGCGAGCCCGGUCAGCGUCCAAGCCACGACCUGAUGUAGAGAAGGAGAAGGAGCCGGAGAACACGCCGCCCGAGACGCAGCCAUCCGUGGGUCAGCCUCAAGCUCCCGCUUCCCAGAACAAGGCAUCCCUUCCCCUCCCACGUCGCGCCUCAAACAAACCAGGACCUCGCUCGCGCUCCAGGCCUCGCACUUGUCCUCCGGAAACUGGUUCAAACAGUUCGCCUGGUACCUCAGACAAGCAGCCCGGCACUGCAGACAAACCGAGCAAGUUGAAGCGUGGCAAGAGCGUCAGUCGUGCUGCCUCGACAACGCAGGUGCCGCAGACCAGAGCGGAACUCGCGCGGACGCCAUCAGUACUUCCUGAGCCUCCUCCGUAUGCGCCGCCAUCGGGUACCUCGACGGGAGCUCCUGCCCAGCCGUAUACGGCGCCCGGCCAGGCGUAUGUGGCGCCCAAUCAAGCAUACCCUUACCCACCGCCGA